AUGGGAGAGAGGAGACCACAGCAGACGGGAAUGGGAGAGAGGAGCAGCGUCCCCUCCAGAAGUCCUAUGCCGCCUCUCUGUGUCGUGAGUCUCACUGGAAGUGCCUCCUCUUGACUCUUCUCAUGUACGGGUGUUUCGCCAUGCUGGGUUGGUGUGCAGUCUGCCGUGUGCCUGUCCUGGGCUCCGGGGAGCACGUGGUCGUCUCGGCUACGGCUGCCACUACCGCCACCUCCUCUGGCUUGCCUCAACUACACCUUGACAGCCCAUGUUCCAGUGGUUAUGUGUAUAUUCCUCUAGCCUUCCUAGCUAUGCUGUAUGUGGUGUAUCUAGUGGAAUGCUGGCACUGUUACUCCAAGACCGCCAUUUUGGCUCACGCGGAGACGGCAGAGGUGUAUGAGCGUGUCACAAAACUCCAGCAGGCCACUCCCUGUAUCUGGUGGAAGGCCAUCAGUUACCACUACGUCAGACGGACCAGACAGGUGACCAGGUAUCGCAACGGAGACGCUUAUACCACCACACAGGUGUACCAUGAGAGGGUUAACACCCACGCCUCCAGCUCUGAGUUUGACUACGGUCGCCACCAGGUUAAAGAUGUCUCCAAAGAGCUCCAGGGCCUUCAGGAGCAUCCGGCUGUCAGGCUCCGCUUCACCAAGUGUUUCAGUUUCGCCAGCGCCCGUGCGGAGGCUGCAUACCUCACCCAGCGAGCACACUUCUUCGGAGACAACGAGGGUCUGGAUGAUUACAUGGAAGCGCGAGAGGGGAUGCAUCUAAAGAACGUUGAUUUCCGGGAGCAUAUCCUGGCGUUCCCGGACCCAACCCGGCAACCGUGGUAUUCCCGACCCCGUGUCUUCUGGCUAGCUUCAGUGUUCCUCUUCUCCUGGCCGCUCCGGGUCGUGUCGGAGUACCGCACGGCGUACGUACACUACCACGUGGAGAAACUGUUCGGAGAGGAGACGAUCCGUGAGGACGGAGGAGGCGACGGAGUGACGGAGAACGGAGGAACGACGGGAGGAGAGAGGAGUGCCAACGGCGGGUCGAGCUACAGAGCGAUAUCGCGGGUGAACACGGUGGACAUGACGGAGCUGGAGUGGCAUAUUCGCUGUAAUCAACAAAUGGUUCCUUCGUAUUCCGAAGCUCUUCUCAUGGACUUGGAGAGAGAGAGUAAUGGAGGAGUCGGUGGAACAGGAGAAACUAACACCACCACCUCCACACCUGGAGCUCCAGGCUCAGACCCCAUCCAGGGGGGCAUCCCAGCUGGUAUGGCCCACCCAGUGGCCUUCUCUUCGGCUUACCUCCUCCAGAGCUGCCCCCGGUGCCGGAGAACCACGUCCAGCUCCAGCCUACCGUCCAGGCUAAGGGCACCGACAGGGAAUCAAGCUCUGCUGAACGGCACCGUGGCUGAGAUGAGGUACGAAUGUUGA